AUUGGGCCAAUUUUUUUAUGUUAUUUUCAAUAAAAAUAAAAUCAUGUAGAAAAAUCCAUUAAUCAUGAAUUAAAAUUACUACAUAUUCGAUUCGUUUGUAUUCAAUCAUGUCGAAUUUGAUGUAUUUAAUAGAUCAAAUGUAAGCACCCAUCACAUCACUAUCUCCAUGGAAAUUCUAACCUCAUUUUUAGGUAGACAUCGUUUGAAAUGUAUUGACAGGUCAGACAUCAUAUAAAUGAAAAUUUCGGAAAAUGCCAUCAACUUCUUUGAAAUGGCAUAUCGCAGUCGGACUGGGCGCCGCGGGGGCCAUAGGCCUAGCCUAUUGGUAUCUAAAAUCCAGCAAAAGACAGACCAUAGGAAACCUGAGCGUAGCCAUAGAGGAACCCAAAGAGGAGACCCCCUUCCAGAAGGCGCAGCGCUACAAAGUCGACGGUAACGAUCUGUUCAAGCGCGGCCGCUACGACGAGGCCAUCACGUGCUACAACAAGGCCAUCGAAAUGAUACCAGCAGAGUACAAAUCCGAUCUGGCCACUUACUACCAAAACAGGGCCGCCGCCUAUGAGCAACUGAAAAAAUGGAGCUCCGUCAUCGCGGAUUGCACCAAAGCAGUGGAGCUGAACAGCCGAUACGAGAAGGCGCUCCUACGGCGAGCCAAGGCCGAGGAGAUGAUCAAAGAUUGGGUGAACUCUUUGGACGAUAUAACGGCUGUGUGUUUGUUGCAAAACUUCCAAAACCAAUCGACCCUGCUGAUGGCCGAUCGUAUACUGAAAGAAUUGGGCAAACAGAACGCCGCCGAGGCCGUCAAGACCAGGAAACCCGUCAUGCCGUCGGCCAGCUUCAUCAAAACCUACUUUUCCUCGUUCUCCGCCGAUCCGGUCUACGAUAAAUUGAAGGAGGCGAACGAGCCGCUCGGCCAGGGCGACCUGAAGGGUUUCCUCAAAGCCAAAUUGGCGUUCGCCACCGAAAAGUACGAAGAAAUCAUUCCAGCCUGCACCGAGGAGUUGAACCUGAGCGAGUCCGAGUCCACGUACAAGUUCGAGGCUCUGUCGUUGCGGGCCUCGUUCUACUUCCUCAUCGGCCAGUUCAAGGAGGCCCUCGAGGACUUCACCACGAUCAUCGAUUCCAAAGACGCCGACGUUCUGAUCAAAGUCAAUUCGUUGAUCAAGAGAUCGUCGAUUUGCAUGCAAACCGAGAAGAUAUCCGAAUGCCUUAGUGAUUUCGAGAAGGCCACCGAAUUGGGACCCGAAGUGUCCGACGUGUAUCACCACAGGGGUCAAAUAAGACUCCUUAUGGACCAAACGGACGACGCCAGGAAGGACUUUUCCAAGGCGGUUUCCCUGAAUCCGGACUUCGCGAUAGCCGUUGUGCAGAAAUGCUACGCCGAUUACCGAUACGCCAUGCAAACGAAGGAUCCCGGGCUGCUCGUGGAGAGCAUGCAGGACUUCCGGAACGCCAUCGAUAAAUUCCCUUCGUACCCGGAAACGUACAUACUGUUUGCGCAGGUGAAGACCGAGAAGCAGGAAUACCAGGAGGCCGAGAAGUUGUACGAGAAGGCUUUGGAAAUCGAUCCGAACAACGCUUCGAUAUUCGUGCACAAGGGCCUGUUGCUGUUGCAAUGGAAAGGGGACAUUUCGAGGGCCGUCGAGAUGAUGAAAGAAGCCAUUAGAGUCGAUAAUAAAUCGGAAUUUGCUUAUGAAACAUUAGGAACUGUUGAAGUACAAAGGGGUAACUUGGUGCUGGCAAUCGAGCUGUUCAAUAAAGCGAUAAAUUUGGCGAGAUCCGAGACCGAGAUGGUGCAUUUGUUCUCCCUUAGGGACGCCGCUGCUUCGCAAUUGAAAAUAGCGACGAAUUUGGGCAUCGGGCCGGAACUCCUCAAAGGGGUAUCGUAAUUAUGAUUGUUUCUACUGUUUCACAUAGUUUGACUACAUUACAUUCACAUUCGAACCGAAAUUGUUGUAAAUACUUUGUUUCCAAAUUAAAAUAGUUCAAUUUCACAUUAGAUGAAUGUCGACUGUUUUAAUUAGAUAAGGGAGAUGUGUAGCCGUUCGUUCGUUGUCAGUAGGGAAAAAGUAAACUCUGUGUACAUAUACGAGGUGUCAAUAUAAGCAUCUAUUGAUUUAUUUAGGUUUUAAUAUCAUUAUUUUUUUUUUCUUUAUUAUACAAUUAUUUUAGAAGGACGGUGCGGAAUUAAAAUUAUAUAACACAGGUAUAUAAAUUAACAACAAAAAUUUACAAAUAUUUUUUUGGAAGGCACUUUAGACAAACGACAACCAAUUAAAUUGUACUAGAAGCGCAUCACUCGGGAAACGGAAAAUGUUCAAUUUCCAUCGAAUUUGUUAAGUUUCCUCGAGCGAUUCGCCAAGAUAAAAUAAUCAACGGAAUAAAUAAGUAUAAUUAAAUGUAAUAAUAUAUACAAAACAUUGCUAACAGAGUCGACAGUAAGUUACAUUCGAGAGAAUUUUUUUUCUCAUAUUUUCGGACGGGUAAAUUUGAAAAGAGCUAAUAUUAUUUAUGCCCCGUUUGUAAAAUCGCCUCGUGUAACAAACAUAAUGGCAACUUACUAUGACUCUAUUGAAAAUUACAGAAUAAGCAACUACUUUUCGUUAAAAUUCGAGUUGAAUUUCGCCCAAAAAGCAAAAUAUCAAAUCACUUUUUUUUAUAUCUAUACUAUAUUUUAUGUACUAAGCGAAAAAUUAGAUCAACCAUACUUUUUGUAGCUAAUUAUCCUGGCUAUAAAAAAGGUACAUUGUUACAUUAAAGCUACGGUGUAAUAUCAGUUUUUCUUCCAGUGUGGCGUAAUCAUACAUGAAUCCAUACAGAGAAUAUUUCCAUAUAACAUUUAAAUAAUAAAAAAAAUAUAACAAAAACAACAAAACAACAGUAUAGCACAACACAAAGAAAUGCGAUAAUAACCAUAAAAUCUAAUAAGAAAACAAAUUUGAUACAACAAAAAUAAAUACAUUAAAAAUUUGAUUAGAAAUUUGCGCUUUGACAAAAAUUCUUGGUCUCGUUCAAAAUUAGGAAGACCUGCCCGAAAUGCUCUGCAAAAGCGGAAGACAGAUUUAGCCGUAAUGCGUUUUAUUAUUUUUUUCUUUUGUCAAAGUCUCAAGGAGGCGAAAAAUAAAUAAGGAUAUCACAGUUUUCAUUUCGAAUGCACUUAAAAAUACCUCUGCAGUGAAUACAGGAUGCUUUCCAUAGACGUAGCGCGAUAUUUAAAGGACUUAUCGAUGUGAUAAUAAUAAAUAAUAAUGCCCUUUAUCUAUGAAAACGUCCUGUAUUAAAGUCGUGUACGUAACGGUAGCGAUAAUGAGAUUGUCACCUCUUUUAUAUUUAUAUUCGAUCAUUACUAUAUUCUCACCGGAGAUGCUACAACAAUCUCAUUAUACAACAAUCAGUCAUUUGCACUUUAAUUGAAUAGAGUUCAAUAAAAAUUCUUUGGAUUAUUUGACAGAAAAGGCUAGUAUUUGUUUUUUUUAUAUAUAAAAGCUGUAUAAAAUAAUAAUUUUUCGUUUUGUAUAAUGUAUAAAACGUUUGUAUGUAUGUACUUUCAAAAUACGCAGUAUAAUCUAAAAAGGAUUUGUAGUGUACUAAAAUAAAUAAAUUAUAGCCCAGUCAAUUUAGUCCGAUUGGGACAUUCGCCAUUUCGUUGAAUCUGCGCUAAUAAACCUUUACACAAAAAUUAUUCAAAAAAUGCUAAAAUUAUCCUUUAUCAAAGCUGGGAUCGAUUAAUAUACAGUGUGAUUACAUCGAGCGAACGAGGAUCCAUUUGUUUCACCUAAUUAAUUUAGCGGCUAAUAUCACUGGGCUAUAAAUAAACUUAACGAGAAGAAAUAAAGAAUGCACAUACAAAUUGUAUUUAAAAAAUCGGAUUUGAGCACAACGGUGUUUACACAGUGGUCCCUAUAUCAUAAUUUCGCGUUUCUAGGCAAAUCUUCGCUUCGUAAAGUAUCACAAAAAAUCGUGCGAAAAAUAUUUGUAUAUAAUAACAAAUAGUAUGAAUCGAAAAAUUCUUUAUUUCUUCAAAAUUGUUCCUAUUAAUUCGUAUUGUCAACGUGUACAUAUUUUUUUUAUUCCCUAUUAAAGCGACACGAUAUAAGUUUGUUACACAAACACACAUUUUUUAUUCCCUAAGCGACAGUUUCUUUGGUAAAUAUUGUAAUUUUUGCCCUGACUAAACGACUCCUAUAAACAGUAAACAAGUAUUUUGUAUACACCGUGCUUCAUUCGCGAUUGCAACAUGGGCAUUUCUAUGAGUUGGACAAAGAAAGAUUAUUAAAAUAACAGUUGUCCACGGUCCUAUAUUUCUAAGGUCU